AUGGCAUCUAAACGCAAGCUUGACCCGCUUUUACCUAGGUCUUUCAGGCAUAAAUAUUCUUUUAUUAAUGGAAUUACUUAUCACUAUGUUGAUGAGGGACCUGAGCUAGCACAAACGCUAGUUCUUUGUCACGGAUUCCCUGAUUUAUGGUAUGGAUGGAGAUAUCAGAUACCCUUCCUGGUUGACAAGGGAUAUCGCGUCAUUGUUCCUGAUCUAAGAGGUUAUGGGGAAACUGAAGCACCUUAUUGUCCGCCGAAUGAUAUACGCGAAUACGGAGCGAAGAACGUAUGCAAGGAUCUCACUGAAUUAUUAAAUCAGAUCAAAGUACAAAAAGCUAUAUUUAUAGGCCACGAUUGGGGUGGCCAUAUCGCAUGGAGAAUGGCUAUCUUUCAUCCUGAUAGAGUUAUUUCCGUCAUUGGGCAAGUAUGCAUUGGUAUUUGCUGUCCGUAUGUGCCGCCGCAAGAGACAUUCUUGUCACCCGAAGCAAUCGCAGAAAUUAUUCCUAGUCUGGCGUAUCAAGUAUACUUUGCUCAUCCCAAAGCUGAAAUCGAACUGGAUACGAAUAUAGAGCUAUUCUUCAAAGCCAUAUAUCGUAAACACGAAGAUCACAUCAAACUAUAUGAUGGAAAGUCGUUACUGGGACCUAUAGGAGAAACUCAUAUAGAGGAUAGUUCCCUUCUGAGUAAACAGGAAUUAAAUUAUAUCAUUGAACAAUAUAAAAAGGGUGGCUUCCACGGACCUUUGAAUUGGUACAAGGUUAGGAGUGUUAAUUUUCAAGAUGAGAAAGGUGCACGAAAACACGUAACUAUACCGUGUCUAGGGAUUGUUGCCAUGAAUGACCCUUAUAUCGUUCCAGAAAUGUCCAAAGAAAUGCCAAAAUAUUUUACUAGCUUGACUAUGAAAUAUGUCGAGGGAUCAGGACAUUGGAUAUUGCUUGAACAUGCAGACAAAGUAAACGAGUUGCUGGGCGAGUUUUUGGAUAAAGUAAAAGCUAAAGAUGGAAAAUCCAAUAAUCAUGACUCGCACGAUAUCAAGGCUAAACUGUGA